AUGUUUUGUUCUAAAAGAUCAACAUCAUUACUAGUUGACAUUAAAUCAAUUAUACUCUCAACUCUGCAAUUGCCUUACUUAAUACAGAACGAUUGUCUUGAAUGUUUGAAACAGAAUUAUUCAGCAUCUAAAGCUCGAAAAAAUUCUUUUUAUUACUAUUUGGAGGGCAUUGCCAAAAUAUUAAAUAUUGUCAAAAAACAUACCAAAGAAACAAACUGUUUAAAACUUUUCAACACUUUUAUCGAUGGUCAAUUCUUUGAUAAUUUACUCGAUGAUUCCAAUUCUUGUGAACGAGAAUUUGUUGAAGGUUACUCAACAAUCAGCGAUGAAUUUGAUGAGUUGACUCAAGUGGUUCAACAAAUUGAACCUAAAAAUUCAAAGGGUGAAGAUGUAAAUGAAGUUAAUUGUGAAAAAUCUGCUGAAAAAGCUUCUGAUUAUGAAGAUGAUAUUGCUAAAUUAUAUGAAAUGAAACUUAAUGAAUAA